AUGUCACAACCAGCGUUGACCAAAACAACACCUUCAUCAGAAACGUCACAACCAGCGGCGGCCAAAAAACCACCUUCACAACAGACAUCAAAACCAGCGUCGGUCCUAACAACACCUACAUCAGAGACGUCGAAACCAGCGUCGGCCCAAUCAACGCCGACAUCAGAAACGUCACAACCAGCGGCGGCCAAAACAACAUCCAAACAAGAGACAUCACAACCAGCGUCGGUCCAAUCAACAGCAGAGACGUCACAACCAGCGUCGGUCCUAUCAAUACCUACAUCAGACACGUCACAACAAGCGUCGGUCCAAUCAACGCCGACAUCAGAUACGUCACAACCAGCGUCGACCCAAUCAACACCUACAUCAGAGACGUCACAUUCAGUGUCGGCCCAAUCAACACCUAUACCAGAAAGGUCACAACCAACGUCGACCCAAUCAACACCAGAGACUACACAGCCACCGUCGGCCUAUACUAUACCGCAUCAAAAGACGUCACAAACAAAGUCGGCCCAAACAACACCUUCAUCAGAAAAGUCACAACCAGCCUCAGCCCAAUCAACUCCAACAUCAAGGACGUCCCAGUCAGCGUCGACACAAUCAACACCUUCACCAGAAACGUUACAACUAGCGUCGGCCAAAUCAACACCUACAUUAGAGACCUAUCACCCAGCGUCGGCCCAAACAGCAUCCAAACAAGAGACGUCACAACCAGCGUCGGCCCAAACAACACAAGAGACGUCACAACUAGCGUCGGCACAAUCAACACCAACAUCAGAGACGUCACCACCCGCGUCGGCCAGAUCAACACCUACAUCAGACACGUCACAACCAGCGUCGGCCCAUACCACACCUACAUCAGAGACGUCAAAACCAGCGUCGGACCAAUCAACACCUACAUCAAAGACGUCGAAACCAGCGUCGGCCCAAUCAACGCCGACAUCAGAGAUGUCACAACCAGUGUCGGCCCAAUCAACUUCUAUACCAGAGACGUCACAACCAACGUCGACCAAAUCGACACCGGAGACGUCACAAUCAUCGUCGGUUCAAUCAACAUCCAAACCCGAGACGUCACAACCAGCGUCGACCCAAACAAAACCUACAUCAGUAACGUCACAAACAGCGUCGACCCAAAAAUCAUCUGAACCAAAGACGUCAGAGUCAGCGUCGGCCCAAACAGCAUCCGAACCAGAGACGUUACAACCAGUGUCGGCCCAAACUACACCACGACCAAAGACGUCACAAUCAGCGUCGACCCAAACAAAACCUACAUCAAUAACGUCACAAACAGCGUCGACCCAAAAAACAUCUGAACCAAAGACAUCACAGUCAGCGUCGGCCCAAACAGCAUCCAAACCAGAGACGUUUCAACCAGUUUCGACCGAAUCAACGCCUUCAUCAGAAACGUCACAACCAGCGGCGGCCAAAACAACAUCCAAACAAGAGACGUCACAACCAGCGCCGGUCCAAUCAACAGCAGAGACGUCACAACCAGCAUCGGUCUUAUCAACACCUACAUCAGACACGUCACAACAAGCGUCGGUCCAAUCAACGCCGAGAUCAGAGACGUCACAACCAGCGUCGGCCCAAUCAACACCUACAUCAGAGACGUCACAUUCAGUGUCGGCCCAAUCAACACCUAUACCAGAAAGGUCACAACCAACGUCGACCCAAUCAACACCAGAGACUACACAGCCACCGUCGGCCUAUACGAUACCGCAACAAAAGACGUCACAAACAAAGUCGGCCCAAACAACACCUUCAUCAGAAACGUUACAACCAGUUUCGGCCCAAUCAACUUCAACAUCAAGGACGUCCCAGUCAGCGUCGACCCAAACAAAACCUACAUCAAUAACGUCACAAACAGCGUCGACCCAAAAAACAUCUGAACCAAAGACGUCACAGUCAGGGUCGGCCCAAACAGCAUCCAAACCAGAGACGUUACAACCAGUGUCGGCCAAAACUACACCACAACCAAAUAUGUCACAACCAGCGUCGACCCAAACAAAACCUACAUCAGUAACGUCACAAACAGCGUCGACCCAAAAAACAUCUGAACCAAAGACGUCACAGUCAGGGUCGGCCCAAACAGCAUCCAAACCAGAGACGUUACAACCAGUUUCGAUCGAAUCAACGCCUUCAUCAGAAACGUCACAACCAACGGCGGCCAAAACAACAUCCAAACAAGAGACUUCACCACCAGCGUCGGUCCAAUCAACAGCAGAGACGUCACAACCAGCGUCGGUCCUAUCAACACCUACAUCAGACACGUCACAACAAGCGUCGGUCCAAUCAACGCCGACAUCAGAGACGUCACAACCAGCGUCGGCCCAAUCAACACCUACCUCAGAGACGUCACAUUCAGUGUCGGCCCAAUCAACACCUAUUCCAGAAAGGUCACAACAAACGUCGACCCAAUCAACACCAGAGACCACACAGCCACCGUCGGCCUUUACUUUACCGCAACAAAAGACGUCACAAACAAAGUCGGUCCAAACAACACCAUCAUCAGAAACGUCACAACCAGCCUCGGCCCAAUCAACUCCAACACCAAGGACGUCCCAGUCAGCGUCGACCCAAUCAACACCUUCACCAGAAACGUCACAACUAGCGUCGGCCAAAUCAACACCUACAUUAGAGACGUAUCACCCAGCGUCGGCCCAAACAGCAUCCAAACAAGAGACGUCACAACCAGUGUCGGCCCAAACAACACAAGAGACGUCACAACUAGCGUCGGCACAAUCAACACCAACAUCAGAGACGUCACCACCCGCGUCGGCCAGAUCAACACCUACAUCAGACACGUCACAACCAGCGUCGGCCCAUACAACACCUACAUCAGAGACGUCAAAACCAGCGUCGGACCAAUCAACAACUACAUCAAAGACGUCGAAACCAGCGUCGGCCCAAUCAACGCCGACAUCAGAGAUGUCACAACCAGUGUCGACCCAAUCAACUUCUAUACCAGAGACGUCACAACCAACGUCGACCAAAUCAACACCGGAGACGUCACAAUCAUCGUCGGUUCAAUCAACAUCCAAACCAGAGACGUCACAACCAGCGUCGGCCCAAACAAAUCCUACAUCAGUAUCGUCACUAACAGCGUCGACCCAAAAAACAUCUGAACCAAAGACGUCAGAGUCAGCGACGGCCCAAACAGCAUCCGAACCAGAGACGUUACAACCAGUGUCGGCCCAAACUACACCACGACCAAAGACGUCACAACCAGCGUCGACCCAAACAAAACCUACAUCAAUAACGUCACAAACAGCGUCGACCCAAAAAACAUCUGAACCAAAGACGUCAGAGUCAGGGUCGGCCCAAACAGCAUCCAAACCAGAGACGUUACAACCAGUGUCGGCCAAAACUACACCACAACCAAAGACUUCACAACCAGCGUCGACCCAAACAAAACCUACAUCAGUAACGUCACAACCAGCAUCGACCCAAAAAACAUCUGAACCAAAGACGUCACAGUCAGGGUCGGCCCAAACAGCAUCCAAACCAGAGACGUUACAACCAGUUUCGGUCGAAUCAACGCCUUCAUCAGAAACGUCACAACCAACGGCGGCCAAAACAACAUCCAAACAAGAGACGUCACAACCAGCGUCGGCCCAAACAACACAAGAGACGUCACAACCAGCGUCGGCACAAUCAACACCAACAUCAGAGACGUCACCACCCGCGUCGGCCAGAUCAACACCUACAUCAGACACGUCACAACCAGCGUCGGCCCAUACAACACCUACAUCAGAGACGUCAAAACCAGCGUCGGACCAAUCAACACCUACAUCAAAGACGUCGAAACCAGCGUCGGCUCAAUCAACGCCGACAUCAGAGAUGUCACAACCAGUGUCGGCCCAAUCAACUUCUAUACCAGAGACGUCACAUCCAACAUCAACCACAUCAACACCGGAGACGUCACAAUCAUCGUCGGUUCAAUCAACAUCCAAACCAGAGACGUCACAACCAGCGUCGACCCAAACAAAUCCUACAUCAGUAUCGUCACAAACAGCGUCGACCCAAAAAACAUCUGAACCAAAGACGUCAGAGUCAGCGACGGCCCAAACAGCAUCCGAACCAGAGACGUUACAACCAGUGUCGGCCCAAACUACACCACGACCAAAGACGUCACAACCAGCGUCGACCCAAACAAAACCUACAUCAAUAACGUCACAAACAGCGUCGACCCAAAAAACAUCUGAACCAAAGACGUCACAGUCAGGGUCGGCCCAAACAGCAUCCAAACCAGAGACGUUACAACCAGUGUCGGCCAAAACAACACCAAAACCAAAGACGUCACAACCAGCGUCGACCCAAACAAAACCUACAUCAGUAACGUCACAACCAGCAUCGACCCAAAAAACAUCUGAACCAAAGACGUCACAGUCAGGGUCGGCCCAAACAGCAUCCAAUCCAGAUACGUUACAACCAGUGUCAACCGAAUCAACGCCUUCAACAGAAACGUCACAACCAGCGUCGGCCAAAACAACAUCCAAGCAAGAGACGUCACAACCAGCAUCGGCCCAAUCAACAUCAGUGUCGUCACAACCAGCGUCGGCCCAAUCAAUACCUGCAUCAGAGAUGUCACAACCAGCGUCGUCCCAAGCAACACCUAUUGCGGAGACGUCUCAACCAGCGUCGGCCCAAUCGACACCUACUCCAGGCACAUCACAACCUAUGUCGGCCAAAUCAACACCUUCACUAUUGACGACACAGACUGUGUCGGUUCAAUCAACACUUACAUCAGAGACGUCACAACCAGCGUCGGCCCAAUCAAUACCAGCAUCAGAGACGUCACAACCAGCGUCUACCCAAUUAACACCAAUAUCCGAGACGUCACAACCAGCGUCGUCCCAAUCAACACCAACAUCCAAGACGUCACAACCAGCGUGGACACAAUCAACACCAAUAUCCGAGACGUCACAAUCAGCGUCGGCCCAAUCAACAUCUAAACCAGACACGUUACAACAAGCGUCAGCCAAAUCUACACCACAACCAGAGACGCCACAACCGGCGUCGGCCCAAACAACACCUAAACCAGACUUGUCAAAAGCAGAUUGCGGCCUUCCUAGUAAUGUGACGCAUGGCAGUGUCUCCGUGGAAAAUGGUACUACGUACGGAUCAGUAGCAGUGUACAGUUGUGAGGAAGGUUACACGUUGGACGGUAGGAACUCCACUCAGUGUCAGGCGAACGGCACUUGGCGGUACAUAGACGUUAGCUGCAUUGCCAUUGAUUGCGGUCUCCCACACAAUUUGACACAUGGCAACGUCUCCCUGGAGAAUGGAACCACGUUUGGAUCGUUAGCGGUGUUCUGUUGUCACGCGGGUUACAGAUUAAGCGGUAGCAAUUCAACGGAAUGUCAGGUGAACAGCACCUGGCGGUAUAUAGACGUCCGAUGUACUCCUAUUGAUUGCGGCAAACCAAAGAACAUAACGAACGGCAAGGUUCAGUACACCCUAACAACCUUCAACCAAAGUGCCUUCUACACGUGCGACCACGGAUAUACGACUGCAGAGGCUACAGUGAUCACAUGUAUGACGGAGGGAUUAUGGGAAGGCAAUCUGCCAACGUGCACAGAUAUAAACGAAUGUUCGGGAAGAAACGAGUGUCACUACAGCGCCAUGUGCACCAACCUUAAUGGUAGCUACGAGUGCACGUGUAGGGACGGCUAUACAGACCCUGAGGGAAACAGGGGCCGACAAUGUGACGAUAUUGACGAGUGUGCUAUGCGGAAUUACUUCUGUCGGAGUAACUGGAAUCAGACUCGCUGGUGUACCAACACAGACGGCAGCUACUAUUGUGGCUGUAACCGGGGAUUUACAGGCAAACACUGCGAGAAAGAUGUUAAUGAAUGCGAUAGUGGGACACCAUGUGGUCAGAAUGCCGAUUGCACCAACACAUUUGGGUCUUUUAACUGCACAUGUCGAGCGGAUUACCCUCAAGGAAACCCUUUCUAUGGAUGUUAUAGUCCGGUACUGCUCAGCUUUAAAUCGAAGGCCGUGGUAGAUGGUGUCCGCGGAGACAACGAGAUACUCCCGCCUGUAAACAUACCAGGGGGAAGAUUCCCCUACUUCGGACAAUACUUCAGUCUCUUCAGGCCAAGUUUGAACGGAUUUCUAGCACUUAACUAUCCACCGCUGUAUGAAUCUUAUGGCGCGGAGAAUUCUACACUGUGGAAAAAGUAUGUUGAGAAUCACGUGGUUAUUGCUCCUCUCUGGACAAACCUCGACUCGAGGAAUAUUACCGGCGCAGGUGUAUGGGUCCAUGUGUUUUCUAACAACACUGGAAAUAGGAGUGACAUCCUCAAAAUACAGGAGCAUGUUCAGAAGUAUUCGAACAACAGUGAGUUCAAUGCGAGUGUUGCUUUUGCCGUGACUUGGAAACACGUCACCAUACAUUCACCAUACAUGCCCGGAUACAGGCUCUACAAGCACCAGAAUCUGUCGAUGCAGGCAAUUAUGGCAACGGACGGUCUAUACACGUACAUGAUGUUCAUCUAUGAUCAAGAGCAAUUCAGUAUUAAACCCCUGAGUUACACGCCAGUGGCUGCCGGUUACACUUUCCCUGGAAACUUUACCGGCAAGAUUCUCGCCGACAGGCACAACUUCACCAACCUUAAAAACGAAUCAAACAUUAACCAAGAGGUCAAAGGCCGUUGGCUGCAUAACGUGACGUACAUCACUGACGACAUGUGGGACGAGGUUAGAUGCCGGAAGUUUCACGAGAACCAAACAUUGAAAGAAUGGACGCGAGAACAGCUAAAAAAUUCAUAUCCUUGUCCAUGUUACGAACAAGACAUGAAAGAGGACUACACGUUCAAACAGAACAACUCCAUACACCCAAACAUUGACCAGUAUACCAACUGCUACGAGUCGUGGUUCUUCAAUCCAUAUGAGAUCAGGCAACGGUGCUGCUACAGGUUUGGUGCGCUCGCUUCCAAAUAUCCAGGCGGUAUAGGGGCCGAGUACCAGAACAAAACACUAAACGAUGUUUUGGAGACCGGUUUUCGGCAGUGCUGCUCUGCAACGAACAGCCGGCGGUACUGUCACCUCUACUAUGACAUCAACCCGCCGGACGACUGCUCCAGUUGGUCCCCCGACGACGAGCCGACGGACGGUGUUGUCGGGAAGACAAUAAAAACAGUGACUUCCUUCUUGGGCUUUGAUUAGAAAAUAUACUUUGCCACUGUCACUCUGCCAUUGUUUAUGAUUCAUUGUAUGCAAAUUAUUGUGUAAAUAGUUGCCCGUUUGACAUAACCUUCUGGGCCAUUGUGAUUGCGUUACCAG